CUGUAUGUGCUAGUGAGUGUCAGAGCUCAGAUUACUCUGCAGCGGAGGAGCAGCAACAGGGGCACAAAAAUGAAGGAGAGGAGUGGAGUUUGUCUGGCGUGGAAAGUGCUGCUGCUGGUGGGGUUGUGUGCACUGCUGCUGCUGAGCUCAGGAGCUUUGGUGUUCCUGCUGGUUCGACAGAAGGAGCUGACGGAGGAGCUGGUGCGGCUGGAGGCUCAGAUGCAGGAGCUGUCCCAGAGCUGCAGGCUGCAGGCCGUGGUCCUGAACCAAGACCCUGCGGAGGCCAGAGAGCUGAGGAAGCUCCAACGCAGCAGACGACACCAGGAGGAGGAUCUGACCCAAGAGGAGAAGGACAUGAUGAUGAUGAUGGCAUACUCCAUGGUUCCUGUCAAAGCCCUCAUGGAUCUGUGUAACGGCUCCAGAGGAGUCUGCUUAACAGGUCCACCUGGCCCAAAAGGUUUUCCAGGUAGAGCGGGGUCAGCAGGACAGCAGGGAGUGCCCGGGCUGGAGGGGAGACGAGGGAAGAGAGGACGUCCAGGUGAAAAAGGAGAAUGCAGAACCAAAGGAGACCCUGGGCCCCCCCAACCUAAAGGAGAGACCUGCAAUGGCAUUCUCGUUGAAGGUCCUCCUGGUCCGAGGGGCCCAGCCGGCCCACCUGGUCCCCCCUGUCCUGCUCGGUACUGUAAUAAUGAAGUGAGAAACAACACCAUCGAAGAACACAUCCAUCAAAACAACAUGUUGACGGAACCACCAACACCACACGCAGCCAAUGAGAGCCAAGACGUAUUGAAUGUUACUGCCUUUAAAGAAACUCUCAACACAAGUAAAGAGUCUGAGUCAGUAUCAGGUCAUCCUGAGUAUGGCCACCACGACACCUUGAAUGAGACCAACUCAGAGAAUGUCACAGAGGCAUCAAUCCGAUUAUUAACUGCCCCACUUUCUCAAGACCAAAACAGUGGCGCCUUCAAUGGCAGUGGCAACAUUACGGACAUCCCAAUGAAAAGUGAGUUAGUGUCACCGCGUCCAGCCUACAGACAUGACACGUGGACUGAAAACAGCACAGGAAAUGUUACAGAGGCAUCAAUAAAGUUAUUAGCAGUCUUACCAACGCAACAUCGAGCUCAUGAAGCCGCAGAUGAUAUUAAUGUUACUGACACUGAGAUAUUUCGAGAUACAGAUUCUGCUCCACUGUCUGAAGACCAAAACAGCGAUUCCUUCAAUAACAGUGGAGCCAUUAUUGAUACAUCCAUUAAAAGUGACUCUUCAUUAUCACCCCAAAACAACAACAACCAGAAAUUAACUAGCGUUGAGAGAUGGAUUAACUGGAUGUUCCAGGUUAAUGAAUCACCAACUCCACAUCCAACAACCAACAGACAUGCUUCUGACUCUGAGAAACUCCAAAACAUACAAGUGGAAACUGAGUCAGUACCACUUAAUCAGGAUGGUGGUAAUGGCACAUUGCACAAUACCAAUAGAGAACAUGCUACAGAGGCAACAAUAACAAUAUUAAGAGCUCCACUUUCUGCAGACCAACACAGUGGCGCCUUCAAUGGCAGUGGAAACAUUACGGACAUCCCAAUGAAAAGUGAGUUAGUGUCACCGCGUCCAGCCUACAGACAUGAUACGUGGACUGAAAACAGCACAGGAAAUGUUACAGAGGCAUCAAUAAAGUUAUUAGCAGUCUUACCAACGCAACAUCGAGCUCAUGAAGCCGCAGAUGAUAUUAAUGUUACUGACACUGAGAUAUUUCGAGAUACAGAUUCUGCUCCACUGUCUGAAGACCAAAACAGCGAUUCCUUCAAUAACAGUGGAGCCAUUAUUGAUACAUCCAUUAAAAGUGACUCUUCAUUAUCACCCCAAAACAACAACAACCAGAAAUUAACUAGCGUUGAGAGAUGGAUUAACUGGAUGUUCCAGGUUAAUGAAUCACCAACUCCACAUCCAACAACCAACAGACAUGUUUCUGACUCUGAGAAACUCCAAAACAUACAAGUGGAAACUGAGUCAGUAUCACCUAAUCAGGAUGGUGGUAAUGGCACAUUGAACAAUACCAAUAGAGAACAUGCUACAGAGGCAGCAAUAACAAUAUUAAGAGAGUCAGUAUCACUUUAUCCAGGAAACGGUCAUGGCACACUGAAGGAUAUCAAGAGUGAAAAUGCUACAGAGGCAACAUUGACAUUAUUAACAGCUCCGGAUUCUGCAGAACAAAACAAUGAUGCCUUUAAACACAGUGGAACCAUUAUUGAUAAACCCAUGAAAGGUGAAUCACCAACACCAUAUUCAACUGAGAUCAACAGAGAUGUUUCUGACUCUGAGAAACAUCAAGACACAACCUUUGAAGCUGAGUCUGUAUUACUUCCUCAAAACGACAGCCACGACACAUCGAAGGACACCGAAAGGGUCAAUGCUACAGAGGCGACAAUAACAGCUCCACUGUCUGCGGACCAAAACAGUGAUGCACUCAAUAAUGCUACACAGCCAUCAUUGAAAGCCUCACUAUCUGUAGACCUGGAGAGGGUCAACAACACUGGAAACAUUAAUGAUACACCCAUGGAAAGGGACUCAUCACAUCCACUCCAGACUAUUAACAGGAUAAAUGUGAAAAACAAUGAAAGAUUGACAAAAACUGAGUGCAACAUUAGAAACAUUAAAUGUUCAGAGAAAGCCACCAAAAUGCAAAGCACUUUUGGAGCCUGGAUGUCCGAUGCAUCCCAGGUGGAUCAAGAUCGAUACUGGCUGGCCGAUCAUUUUUCAGGUCGACAUCUGGUGGAGCACAGGAACAUUUCAGCAUCACCGGAUACAAGAACCAAGACGAUAGAUGCCAAGAGGUUCUUCCAGGGCUGUGGUCAUGUCGUUUACAAGAGCUCAUUUUAUUUUCACAACGGAGGAACAAACAGACUUAUAAAAUUUGACCUGAACACCAGGAGAACCAAAACUCUGACCAUGGCAAACAGCAGAUAUAACAACCUGAACUAUCUUUCCCGCAACUCCAAGACGUAUUUCAAGUUUGCCGUGGAUGAAAACGGACUGUGGGUCAUUUUUGCAGCGGAUACAGAAGAUGAUACAAUGGUUGCAAAGUUAAAUCCUGACACAUUCUCCGUGGAGUCUGUCAUUAACACUCACUACCCUACAACUAAAGCAGGCAAUGCUUUCAUUGUAUGUGGGGUGCUAUAUUUUACAGAUGAUAAAGACAGAAGAGUCACAUAUGCCUUUGAUUUGAUGAGAGAGAGUCCUCUGGAUGCAAGUUUUGAUUUGAGGCCAGCUAAUGGCACCCUGGCUAUGCUGUCUUAUUACCCGAACAAAAAAGUUCUGUACAUGUGGGACAACAGCAGUGUAAAGAUCUGCAAGGUCAAACUCAAAUACACCUAAGAAUUACCACAAACCUUGUAAGUAAUAAAGUUAUUUUUCAACUCCCAUUCGGUUGAAAUUAAUUUAUUGACCACAAUGCUUGAUUUAAGCAGCAUGAAGGAUGAAGGGUAAUUUGUACAUUUUUUAUUGAGUUGAGAUGCACAGAGCUGCAACAGUCUGCUUCUAUAAUAAUCUUUUCAUAUUACCUCAUUUGUUGCAAUAUUUGUUGUUGAAACAGAGUUCUCAUGGUCAAAAUAAUGAA